CCAGCCAAACCACUAGCCAAGUCUGCAACUACAGAUAAGGACAACAUAUUAGAUGUUGUUCCGUCUUUGCAUGGACCAGACCUUACACGCACACACACUCGCCUGAGCUUGUUGUCUGCAGAGAGAGAGACAGAGAGAGAGAGACAGAGAGAGAGAAACAGAGAGAGAGACAGAGAGAGAGAUACAACACGGACAUGAUGAUUUUCCUUCUGCUAACUGUUUUCCUACAGGACACCACAGCAGGAGUCGUUUUGGACCCGUGUUCGGCCUACAUCAGUCUGAACGAGCCCUGGAGGAACACGGACUACCAUGUCAACCACUCCUCCGGGGGCGUGCCCCUGUGCGACAGCCUCCUGUCCGGAGAGUGGUACCGCUUCACCGGCAUGGCCGGCGACGCCAUGCCCACAUUCUGCAUCCAGGAGAACCACUGCGGGACCCACGCGCCCAUCUGGCUGAACGGCACGCACCCUCAGCCCCAGGACGGCAUCAUCACACUGCCCGUCUGUGCCAGCUUCAACGACGACUGCUGUCGGUGGAACGGCAGCGCGGACGUGAAGGCGUGCGGGGGCGGUUACUACGUCUACCGGCUGCCCCGGCCCUCAGUCUGCUUCCACGUCUACUGUGGCCACUUCUAUGACAUCUGUGAUGAGGUGGAGUGCACUGGUCCUCAUUGUCCAGAAUCUGACUGCAGGUGUACGGCUGGGACAGUCCUGGGACCAGACCGACAGACCUGCCUGGAUGUGAACGAGUGUGAGCGAGGGAACGGGGGAUGUGCGGAGGUAUGUGUGAACACCAAGGGGUCCUGGAGCUGCAAGUGUGGGCCAGGCCGAGUCCUGGACCAGGACGGACACAACUGCAAAGAGAUUGCAGGUUGUCAUAACAACAACGGGGGCUGUAGCCAUGGCUGCCUGGCGAUGCAGGACACAUACCAGUGCUUCUGUCCCCGAGGCCUGGAGCUGGGCCAGGACAAACGCACCUGCCAGGUUCCGGUUCAGUGUGGCCCGGGUUCCAUCGAGGUUUCGGUUCCCAAGGACCUGGUGGGCGGACUGGAGCUCUCAUUGGCUAACUCCUCAUGUAAGGGCGUGUCCAACGGGACACACAUCAACCUGAGUUUCAGCCUGAAGACCUGCGGCACCAUGGUGAAGGUGACGGAGGACAGGAUCGUGGGCACCAACCUGGUGACGGGCCUGCCCAAGUCCAACCCAGGAAGCAGCCUGGACAUGAUCAUCCGCACCUCCAAGCUCCUCCUCCCCGUCACCUGCCAGUUCCCCCGCGAGUACGACGUCUCCGACGGCUACCAGGCCAGCCUCCGCGGCGGCAACGUCCUGGAGCUGGAGGGCCACAGCGAGGGCGUGUUCCCGUUCUCCCUGGAGCUCUUCAAGAAUGCAGAGUUCUCCGAGCCGUACCGUGCGCCGCCCCAGUUGCAUCUCCACGACUCGCUGUUCUUCGGGGUGGAACCGAGGGAGAGGCUGGAGGGACUGGCCGCUCUGGUGGAGAGCUGCUUCGCCACGCCCAGCCCCAAGGCCGAGCAGGCCCUCAAGUACUACCUCAUCAAGGACGGUUGUAUCUCAGAUGAGACAGUCAGGCAGUUCUCUUCUAAAGACCAACUCUCCAAACACUACCAGGUCCCUGUCUUCAAGUUUGUUGGCAAGGACAACCGAGAAGUGUUCCUGCACUGCAGGGUGUUGGUGUGUGGUGCAGGAGACUCCCGUUGUUCUCAGGGAUGUCGGGGCCGAACACGCCGUGAACUGGUGUCUGACCAGGACCAGGACCAGGACCAGGACCAGGACCAGGACCAGGACCAGGACCAGGACCAGGGCCAGGGCCAGGACCGGGACCAUCACCUGCUGACUGGAGGCCCAAUCUUCAUCCUGGCUGAGCCGUGACCCCUACACUGAACUUUGAAGCUCGGUCCAAACAUACAGACACGCACUCAUGCACAUACUGUAUAUACUUGUGCACACAUACACACACACACUCAUGCACACACACACACACUCAUGCACACAGACACAGCUGAUAUUCUAGUUUUAUUUUACUACUAUAUUAGUCAGUACAUCUAUGUUCAUGCAUCAAAGAUGGUUUCACUAGCACCUACUGCAACGCUCUCUCUCUCACACACACACACACACACACACACACACACACACACACACACACACACACACACACACACACACACACACACACACACACACUCACUCAGUCAUGUGGAAACUGCUGAGGUCAGGAGAGAUUGUCUUCAGGCACACCUUGCUGCCCUGUAGGUGCACUGAUGGCUGACAUUCUUUUGUGUGUCCUGCCUGGAAUCACAGUGUCUCACACAGACAUACACACAUAUUAACUGUCUAUACGCUCUGACUGACAGUAUGUGUUCAUACAAAGUAGAGUAGUCAACACUAUAAACUUUUUUCCAAUCAAUGUACUUAUUUCAACUUUAAUACUGUGUUCAAAAUAUUUCAUGACAAUAUUUCUUGUGAACAUUUUUCAA